GGUCCUUGGUAAACACAUGAAGCAUGUGGAUAGUGGACAGUGACCAGUCUAUUUUAUACUAUGUUUUUAAUGAAAGUAUUAUAAAAAAUGGAUAUAGUAAUUAGGAUUAAUAAAACGACGAAAGGUACAAUUAAAAAACAAACGUCAAUCUCUAUGUCGUUGCUUCUAAUAUAUAAAGCCCGCUAUGAUCCGAUCUUGUCCGAACAAAACCAUUUCUCAUCUCACACAGAUCAGAAACACAUGUCCUCCAAUCUUCUUCCUCUAUCUCCAAUGGCAACAGAAACCGUAAGAGACAGUACCGUGCCAAACCAUGACGAGACGGAGUUAACAGAGUUCCAAAAGAAUCAGAAACGGUACCAAGACCUGAUCUCCACGCUGCCUCACGUGAAAGGCUGGAGGCCGAAAUCUCCCCUGAUUUGGUACGGUGGUCAUUGGUGGAUACAGCCUUUCCUUGAAGGUUCCCUAUACGCGCAAGAGUUCUUCCAAGCGCGACCCAAUGACUUCCUCGUUUGUAGCUACCCAAAGACAGGUUCCACUUGGCUCAAGUCACUAACAUUCACAAUAGCCAAUCGAUCUCGCUUCGACGAUUUCACGAACCCUCUCCUAAAACGUAACCCUCAUGAGCUUAUUCCUUUCCUUGAGAUCGAGUUCCCUUUGUUCCCUCACGUUGAUGUUCUCCAAGACAAAGAGAACACUCUUUUUUCAACUCAUAUGCCACACGAUUUCUUACCCGAUUCGGUUGAAAAAUCGGGUUGUAAGAUGGUUUACAUCUGGAGAGACCCAAAGGACACUUUCAUCUCCUUUUGGAGUUUCAUGCAAAAGCAAAGGUCAACACGUGGCCCGCUCAAUAGUCUUGAGGAGUGUUUUGAUAUGUUCUGCCAAGGUAUCUCUGGGGACGGUCCUUAUCUUGAUCAUGUCUUAGGUUACUGGAAAGCUCACCAAGAGAAUCCAGAUAAGAUUUUGUUCCUCAAGUACGAGACUGUGAGAGCUGAUCCUUUGCCUUGUGUGAAGAGAUUGGCUGAGUUCAUGGGUUAUGGAUUCACAGCUGAGGAGGAGAAGAGUGGGGUUGUUGAGAAAGUUGUGAAUCUUUGCAGCUUCGAGACAAUGAAGAAUCUUGAAGCUAACAAAGGAGAUAAGGAGAGAGGAGACCACCCUUCUCCUUAUACAAACAGCACGUAUUUCAGGAAAGGAAAGACCGGAGAUUGGGUGAAUUAUCUGACUCCAGAGAUGGCUGCUCGUAUGGAUGGAAUAAUGGAAGAGAAGUUCAAAGGUACUGGUUUGCUUGAAAAUGGUGAAUGAGCUAGUUCUUGUUCGGGAAAGAUGACUCAUCCUUUGCAUGCUUGUUAAUUUAAAGCAGAAGUUUUCUCUUUUCGAUGAUCUAUGUACUACGCUACAUAUUGGAUGAAUAAAACUUGUUUCUGUUUCAGAUGAA